UAUAUCUGUUCUUCUUAUCCAAAAAUCUUUUUACGUAUAAUCUCAACUACAAAUUUCUUUUAACUAAUUUUCCGUUCCAAGUGAUAACAAUUAAUAGUAUAUAAACCAAAUCUAAUAAAAGAUAUCAAUUUCUGUCAAUUCUCUUCUAAUUCACGCUUCACGUUGAAUCUCAACGUUUUGUUUCUGAAGCCAGUGUGACUCAGAGAGUUUGUGUUGCUCCAAUGGCGGAUUUCUCUCUUCCCCAAGAUUCUUAUUUUCUCGGAUUUGACAGCUCUACCCAGUCUUUGAAGGCAACUGUGUUAGACUACAAGCUGAACAUUGUGACUUCAGAGCUAGUUCAUUUUGACACCGAUUUGCCCCAUUACAAAACUAAAGAUGGAGUAUACAGAGACCCUUCUGUUAAUGGCAGAAUUGUUUCACCUACCUUGAUGUGGAUUGAAGCUUUAGAUCUAAUGCUUGAUAGACUCUUGAAUUCGAAAUUGGAUUUUGGAAAAAUUGCUGCAAUAUCUGGUAGUGGACAGCAACAUGGUAGUGUCUAUUGGAAGAAUGGUAGUUCUUCAAUAUUAGCAUCCUUGGAUCCCAAGAAACAACUUGUGGGUCAGUUUCAUGAUGCAUUUUCGAUUGGGGAAUCGCCAAUAUGGAUGGACAGCAGCACCACAUCACAAUGUAGAGAGCUAGAGAAAGCUGCUGGAGGACCAUUGGAGCUAUCUCAAAUCACUGGAUCACGCGCCCAUGAAAGAUACACAGGCCCGCAGAUUAAGAAGAUAUUUCAGGAACAGCCAGAAGUUUAUCAAAACACUGAGAGGAUCUCCCUUGUCAGCUCUUUCAUGGCGUCUCUUCUCAUUGGGGGAUAUGCUUGUAUUGAUGAAACCGAUGGUGCUGGGAUGAACUUGAUGGACAUAAAGCAAAGGGUCUGGUGCAACAGAAUGUUAGAGGCCACUGCACCUGAAUUGGAUAAAAAGCUUGGAACAUUGGCUCCUGCCCAUGCUGUUGCUGGUUUUAUUACACCCUAUUUUGUGCAAAGGUACAACUUCAACAAGAAUUGCUUGAUCAUUCAGUGGUCAGGGGACAACCCUAACAGCCUUGCAGGUUUAACCCUCAAUACGCCAGGGGAUUUGGCAAUCAGUCUUGGUACAAGUGAUACUGUAUUUGGGAUCACCAAUGAUCCUCAACCUCGACUGGAAGGACAUGUUUUCCCUAAUCCUGUUGAUAUAAAUGGGUACAUGGUAAUGUUGUGUUACAAGAAUGGGUCUCUAACUCGUGAAGAUGUACGUAACCGCUAUGCGGAGAAAUCUUGGGAUAAGUUCAAUAUGUUCCUGCAGCAAACACCACCCCUCAAUGGUGGGAAGAUUGGUUUCUACUACAAGGAUCAUGAAAUUCUUCCACCUCUACCAGUUGGUUUCCAUCACUACAUUCUUGAAAAUUUCACCAGUGACAAAUUGGAAGGUUUAAGUGAACGGGAAGUUUUGGAGUUUGAUCCUCCUUCUGAGGUCAGGGCAUUAGUAGAGGGUCAGUUUCUUUCAAUGCGGGCUCAUGCUGAAAGAUUCGGGAUGCCUUCUCCAAAACGAAUUAUAGCCACAGGGGGUGCAUCAACAAACCAAAGCAUCCUUAGCUCAAUUGCUUCUAUCUUUGGCUGUGAUAUCUACACCGUUCAAAGACCAGAUUCAGCAUCACUAGGAGCUGCAUUGAGGGCUGCUCAUGGAUGGUUAUGCAACAAAAAUGGUACGUUUGUGCCCAUAUCAAGCAUGUAUAAGGAUAAGCUGGAGAACACAUCUCUUGGCUGCAAACUUGCUGCAAAAGCUGGGGACCAGCAACUGGUUUCCAAGUAUGGCUUGUUGAUGAAGAAGAGAAUGGAAAUCGAGAACCGCCUUGUUGAAAAGCUAGGUCGUUGCUGAUUUCUAUAAAAUUUGUACCAGACCAAAAUAACUUUCCUGACGACUACCUUUUAGCUACCACAUAAUUUGACUAGAAGAGUAAGUAUAUUUUCACAUAUAUGGGUUGUUGAACAAUAAUAUAUUUAAGAUAUGAUGUAUAUAAAUAAAUAACUUGGAAAUAUUAGGUUUCUUGUUUGCUUCCUGGAAA